UAAGAGGAGGGGUCUGUUUAUCUGCCGAAAAAAACACAAAACAAAACAAAACAAAACGAGAAAGAGAAAAAGAAAAAAGAGGGAAGAGAAAGGAAGGUAAACGCUUCACGAAUUCUCCCGUUCACGUUUAUAGAUCAUUUAAUUUCCGUGAAUUCUGUUAGAAUUUCACCGAUUUAUUGCAAUACUUGGGCGAAGAUGCGGGGAGUUGCAGGUGCCGGUGGAUGACUCCUUUUAGCUCGUUCUUAUCUCUGUAGUCGAUUUUCAAGUUUCAAAAGGAGAACUACAAGAUCAAUUUCGGGAUUGUUUUAUUUAAUUUCUACGGGAACCCAUUUAUGGUGUUUUGUCCCGCGGAUUCCUAGUUUGUCUAGGUCUUUGACGGUAUCUGUUCUGCUGGCUAAACCUCGUGGGGUGUUUUUCUAUUAUUUUCUUGUGGCACUUGAAGAAACCUUGUUGCAGCUUCGAUUGGAGUGAAAGGCGAUUGUGAUGAGAUUUUGGGGAGACUUGGAUUGAUGAUAACGAAGGCGGUUUUCGGCUCCCCUGAUUUUCUUUUUGUUGGAUUCCGUGGCCUACGGUUGCGAAUUGGAUUGUUGCUUCUCAUGAUUUGGAGGUUGAAUUGAUGCGAGCAAGCAGUUUGAAUGAAUUGAAGAGGCGUCGUUGGUGUUGGCAAUUAGAAUAAUUCCUUUCACAAGGAGAGCGUGAUGAGAAACUGAUUUGGAUUCUGCCGGAGGUUGUGUAGUUUUUCAAGGUCGUUUCCUCGUGGAAUGCAAAUCUAAUGCGUCAUGUUUCUAUGAUUUUAUCUGGCAGCGGUGGAAGAAUUGCCAGAGCCUUGAAUUGGGUGCUUCCAUGGGUGUUUCAUUAUGCCUAUUUGUACAAGAAGGUUCGCAAGUGUCACUUUUAGUAUUUGGAAUUGACUUCUAAUUUUGAGCGGGCAAAAUUACGUUUUAUGUUUUAAUUAUCCCUGUAUUGGAUCUGUAUUUCUCAUGCAAAAACUACAUGUCUGAUAACACUGCAAUUGUAGCUAUUUUGGAGUUCAGCUUCUAAUGCUAUGGAUUGGAGCUGUUGGAACUCCUCCCAUGAUCUAUUGUGGUGUGGAUUGUGUUUUGGUUGGUGCUUUGCAUUCUCUUGAAGCCUUUCCGCUUUUGAAUAUUGAGCUUUCGGAUGUUAAGUUUGCCAUCAAUCUUUGUUGAUCGGGUUUGGCCUCUUUUCAGAUACUUGGAUUUGAUUUCAGUUGUACUCUUCUGAGGUGAGAAAUUUAGCUUUAGCAGUGGCCAAUGAUCAUUUCAUAAUGAAUGGGACUGGGAGGGUUGUUUGUCAAUGGACGCUUCCGACAAAAAGUUUUCUGAUUUAGUUGACAUCUUUAAAUCCUGGAUCCCUCGGAGAACCGAGUCAGCUAAUGUGUCGAGGGACUUUUGGAUGCCCGACCAGAGCUGUAGGGUAUGCUACGAGUGUGACUCUCAAUUCACGAUCUUUAACCGCAGGCAUCAUUGCCGUCUCUGUGGAAGAGUUUUCUGUUCAAAGUGUACUACAAACUCAGUUCCUGCCCCGUCUGAUGAGCCAAAGACAGGCAGGGAGGACUGGGAGAGGAUCCGGGUCUGUAAUUAUUGCUUCAAACAAUGGGAACAGGGGAUAGCAACAGUUGAUGAUGGGAUCCGAACAUCCAGUCCAGGUCUCAGUCCUUCACCCUCAGCGACAAGUUUGGCCAGCACCAAGUCUAGUGCAACUGGGAAUAGCAGCAACAGCACUAUUGGUUCAAUGCCAUACUCGACUGGACCUUAUCAACGGGUGCCAUAUAGUUCAGGUCUCAGCCCGCGUCAGUCAUCUCAAGUUGAACCUUGUACGGACAAGCAAGACAUGGUAGCACCUGAGAGGGGCAUGGAUCCUGUUACAGACGUUGGGGGUCAAUCUCCCAACUCGUAUGGAUUCUGCCUGAACAGGAGUGAUGAUGAUUAUGAAUAUGGUGUUUAUCGAUCAGAUUCUGAAACUCGACAUUUUCCUCAGGCUGAUGAUUAUUAUGGCCCAGUCGAGUUUGAUGAGAUUGACCAUACUUAUGGUUCACAUAAAGUGCAUCCUGAUGCAGAAAAUGUUGAAACAAAGGAUUUGAGCAGCUCUUUGGUACAUGAUAGUGUGGAUUCACGACGGUUAGAAGGAAUAAAAAAACAGGGGGAAGAAGCAGAUGGACAUGAUAUUAUUUAUGAGUGUGAUGCUGCUGGAUCAUUAUAUGGUAUGGAUGGUACGGAUGGUACGGGUGGUACAGAAGCAGAGCCAGUAGAUUUUGAGAAUAAUGGGUUGCUUUGGCUUCCUCCAGAGCCAGAAGAUGAAGAGGAUGAGAGGGAAGCUGGUCUGUUUGAUGAUGAUGAUGAUGAUGCUACAGGAGAGUGGGGAUAUUUACGUUCUUCAAGCAGCUUUGGCAGUGGGGAGUACCGAACUAGGGACCGAUCGAGCGAAGAGCAUCGUAAGGCCAUGAAGAAUGUGGUUGAUGGGCAUUUUAGGGCUUUGGUUUCUCAACUUUUGCAAGUUGAAAAUCUACCUAUAGGUGAGGAAGCUGACAAGGAAAGUUGGUUGGAGAUAAUUACAUCUUUGUCUUGGGAGGCUGCAACACUCCUGAAGCCAGACACAAGCAAGGGGGGAGGAAUGGAUCCUGGUGGAUAUGUGAAGGUCAAAUGCAUAGCUUGUGGGUGUCGCAGUGAGAGUAUGGUGGUCAAAGGAGUUGUUUGUAAAAAAAAUGUGGCUCACCGGAGAAUGGCAUCAAAAUUUGAGAAACCCCGUUUCCUAAUCCUUGGAGGAGCUCUUGAGUAUCAGCGGGUCUCGAACCUCCUCUCAAGUUUUGAUACUCUUUUGCAGCAGGAAAUGGACCACUUGAAGAUGGCAGUUGCAAAGAUAGAUGCCCACCACCCCAAUGUCCUUUUAGUAGAGAAGUCAGUCUCCCGUUUUGCCCAAGAGUACCUCCUUGCUAAAGACAUAUCACUUGUUCUCAAUAUUAAGAGGCCACUGUUAGAGCGUAUAGCCCGCUGCACAGGUGCACAAAUUGUUCCUUCAAUUGAUCAUCUCUCCUCGCAGAAGCUGGGUUAUUGUGACGCUUUCCAUGUGGAAAAGUUUCUUGAAGAGCAUGGCAGUGCUGGACAGGGAGGGAAGAAAUUGGUGAAGACACUUAUGUUCUUUGAAGGCUGUCCAAAGCCAUUGGGUUGUACGAUUUUGCUCAAGGGUGCUAAUGGGGAUGAGCUGAAGAAAGUGAAGCAUGUGGUCCAGUAUGGUGUCUUUGCUGCAUAUCACUUGGCCCUGGAGACUUCUUUUCUUGCUGAUGAAGGUGCUUCUCUGCCAGAACUUCCACUGAAAUCACCAAUAACUGUUGCACUUCCUGACAAACCAUCCAGUAUAGACAGGUCCAUUUCUACCAUACCUGGUUUCACGGUUCCUGCUGCUGGCAAGGAAUGUCAACCUAGUAGUGAACCACAAAGAUCCAACAGUGCCCCAUCAUCAGAUCUAACUUCACCAAUCUCCAAUGCUUCCAUUAGAAAAACUGAAAGAGAGAAGGUCCCAUCUCCUUGUUCACCUAAAGGCCCCAACUCCCACUAUACAGGACCUGCAAGCGCCAUCAACUCUUCUGCGUCUGUCCCUUCGUUUUCCUUUUCAGGACAGUGUGAGUCUGAUAACAACCAAACCAAGCUUUCCCUAAAUCAUGCACUAGAGAUUAAAAAUAAAGGAGCGGAAAAAUAUUUUGAGACCAAAGCUUCAACAACCAACAGAUGCCAAGAUGUUGUGAAUGAUGAACUCGUUAAUAGUGGCUUUGGAGCUCCGGAGCCCUCAGGGAAAGGUGGGAUUGAUCUUAUUAAUCAUGACACCAUGGUUGGGAAUCAACCUGGUGUUUCAAUGUUGGCUUCGUUACAUCAAGAUGGCAAUAGCUACCCAGAGGAGCUGGCGUCUUCCAAGGAGGAGUUUCCUCCAUCCCCUUCUGACCAUCAGAGCAUUUUGGUCUCUUUAUCAACCCGGUGUGUGUGGAAGGGAACUGUUUGUGAGCGAGCCCAUCUCUUCCGUAUCAAGUACUAUGGUAGCUUUGACAAGCCUUUGGGGCGUUUUUUACGGGACCAUUUAUUUGAUCAGAGUUACCGUUGCCAUUGCCGUUCAUGUGACAUGCCAACAGAAUCACAUGUUCAUUGUUAUACUCAUAGACAAGGAAGCCUAACAAUUUCUGUCAAGAAGCUCCCAGAUCAUUUCUUGCCAGGGGAACGAGAAGGCAAGAUCUGGAUGUGGCACCGGUGCCUCCGGUGUCCAAGGACCAAUGGUUUCCCUCCGGCGACUCGGAGAGUGGUGAUGUCUGAUGCUGCUUGGGGUUUAUCGUUUGGGAAAUUUUUGGAGCUUAGUUUUUCAAACCAUGCUGCCGCAAGCAGGGUGGCUAGCUGUGGUCAUUCUCUGCACAGAGAUUGUCUCCGAUUCUAUGGGUUUGGGAGAAUGGUUGCUUGCUUCCGUUAUGCUUCGAUUGAUGUUCAUUCUGUCUACCUUCCACCCCCAAAACUUGAUUUUAACUAUGACAGUCAGGAGUGGAUACAAAAAGAAGCAAAUGAGGUGGUUGACAGAGCAGAACUUCUAUUUACUGAAGUACUCAAUGCUCUCCAUCAGAUUGCGGAGAAGAGAUCAGAUGGUGGGUCAGUUAACAACCACCUGAAAGCACCUGAAUCAAGACGCCACAUUUCAGAACUAGAAGGGAUGUUACUAAAGGAGAAGGCUGAAUUUGAGGAAUCUCUCCAGAAAACACUUUACAGGGGGCCCAAGAAAGGUCAACCUAUAAUUGAUAUUCUUGAGAUCAAUCGGUUGCGGAGGCAGUUGCUCUUUCAUUCUUAUGUCUGGGACCACCGCCUGAUUUAUGCGUCCAGUUUAGACAACGGCAGCCAACAGGACUGGCUGAACAGCUCUGCACAGAAACAUAAAGAGAAACAUUCUAAUAAUAUUGAGAAGCUUGUUGAAAUGAAUUCAUCUCCUAGGCCAGAUGGUGGUUUUAGUACUGAGUUGCUUGCGGAUACGAGGCUUGAUGAAAGCCUUAAUCAAGGAGGUGAAAUUGGUGAGGUCCCUAACCAGCCUGGCAUAGUUCAAGCUGCAAGUGACAUAGUUCAGGAUCCAAAACACAGAAAGGAUGGCCCGACUCAUGUUUCUGCUAGCAGUAGUCUCGCUAAUCAAUCCGAUCCUUUAGAAUCUGGGGUAGUUGUUCGAAGGGCCCUCUCAGAAGGACACUUUCCUCUUAUGGAAAAUUUGUCGGACACCCUUGACGCAGCAUGGACAGGUGAAAAUCACCCUGGGAGUGUACCACCCAAAGAGAAUGGUUAUGCAUCUUCUGAUGCAGCCAUUACAGAUUCCUCAGUUGUGGUAGAGGCUGUGGCAUCUGCAAGGUCUGAUUUGGAAGAGAAUUUGGAAGACAAUUGUGGGUUUGAGGUAACUCAAUCUCUUGGGCAUGCAUUACCGACCAAGCAGGCUGACACUAUGGAAGAUUCUACAAGCUGGAUAGGGAUGCCUUUUCUGAACUUCUACAGUUCUUUCAACAAGAAUUCUUCUGGGAGCGCUCCAAAGUUUGAUACACUAAGUGAGUAUAAUCCCGUCUAUGUCUCAUCUUUUCGAGAGUUGGAACAUCAAGGUGGGGCCAGGCUGCUUUUGCCUGUGGGUGUUAAUGACACUGUUGUUCCAGUUUAUGAUGAUGAACCCACAAGUAUAAUAGCAUAUUCUCUGGUCUCCCAAGAUUACCAUCUCCAUAUAUCCGAUGAUUGCGAAAGACCAAAAGAUGGUGGGGAGUCUUCAGUUUCACUACCACCUGAUUCGGUAAAUCUUCACUCACUCCAUUCCUUCAAUGAGACAGCCACUGAAUCUUUAAGAAGCCUUGGGUCUACAGAUGACAACAUCUUAUCCAUGUCAGGGUCCCGGAGUUCCUUGACUUUGGACCCGCUCUUGUAUACGAAGGCAUUGCAUGUCAGAGUUUCUUUCACAGAUGAAGGUCCACUUGGAAAGGUGAAGUAUAAUGUGACUUGUUACUAUGCGAAGAGGUUUGAUGCCUUGAGGAGGACAUGUUGCCCAACUGAGUUAGACUUCAUAAGGUCUCUUAGCCGUUGUAAGAAAUGGGGGGCUCAGGGUGGAAAAAGCAAUGUAUUCUUUGCAAAAACCUUGGAUGAUAGGUUUAUCAUCAAACAAGUUACAAAGACGGAGCUGGAGUCUUUUAUCAAGUUUGCUCCGGAGUAUUUUAAGUACCUGUCUGAAUCGAUCAGCUCAGGGAGCCCAACAUGUCUGGCAAAGAUUCUCGGGAUUUAUCAGGUUGCAUCAAAGCACCUUAAGGGUGGGAAGGAAUCCAGGAUGGAUGUUCUAGUUAUGGAGAAUCUUCUGUUUGGCCGGAAUGUUACAAGACUCUAUGAUCUCAAAGGAUCCUCCAGAUCACGGUAUAAUUCGGAUUCUAGUGGGAGCAAUAAAGUUUUGCUGGAUCAGAAUCUGAUUGAAGCAAUGCCAACUUCUCCAAUUUUUGUGGGAAACAAGGCUAAGCGGUUGCUUGAGAGAGCUGUGUGGAAUGAUACUGCUUUUCUUGCGUUGAUUGAUGUAAUGGAUUACUCUCUACUGGUUGGGGUGGAUGAGGAGAAGCAUGAACUGGUUCUUGGGAUCAUUGAUUUUAUGAGGCAGUACACAUGGGACAAGCACCUUGAGACAUGGGUGAAGGCUUCGGGCAUCCUUGGUGGGCCAAAGAACUCAUCUCCCACUGUAAUCUCACCCAAGCAAUACAAGAAACGGUUCAGGAAAGCCAUGUCUGCUUAUUUCCUUAUGGUACCAGAUCAGUGGUCCCCACCAACCAUCGCCCCCAGUGGAUCCCAGUCUGACCUCUGUGAAGAUAAUACGCAAGUUGGGACCUCCCUCGAGUAACGCUGAAACAUGGGGCCUGUAUAUGUCGAGAGAUUUAUGCUUUGAUCAUUCUUUUUUUUUCUGCCUUGGCCUUUUUUUUUUAUGUGUCUUAUCAUCUUGUUCCUUUUCCCCAUUGUAACUUCCCGCCACCCUCUCUAUUGGAUGUCAUCCUCUCUUAAAAAAGAAAAGAAAAAAAAAAGAGCAUCUGUGAAUUAUUUGUUAGAAGACGGUGGGGAAGGCUGUUUGAUGCCUAAGAAUUUUCGUUGAUAUCAAAUGGUAUGAGAUAGGUGGCCUCUCCGUGAAUUACAGGUACUAUAUCUUUGUUGAAAUGUAUUUAUAAUUGCAGCA